AUGGGGAAUGGCACCAGGCUACAUAGAAGAUUUGCUCUAUUCUAUUGCAUUUCGGUUGGUCUCCUAUUGAUAAAUGAGAUUGAAGGGAGAAGACCGAGCAAGUCAAAAUGCCCAACCUGGUGCACCUGUACCAAAGACAAUGCCUUAUGCGAAAACGCCAAGACUAUUCCUCGCACCUUCCUUCCUGAUGUUAUCUCACUGUCCUUUGUCAGGUCUGAAUUUACAGAAAUCCCAGAGGGGAGCUUUUCACAUAUUCCAUCUCUGCAGCUCCUACUGUUCACCUCAAACACUUUUGAUGCAAUCAGUGAUGAUGCAUUUACUGGUCUUCCUCACCUAGAGUACUUGUUCAUAGAAAACAACAAAAUAAAAUCAAUUUCAAGAAAUGCUUUUCGCGGAUUGAAGUCUUUGAUUCACUUGAGCCUGGCCAAUAAUAACCUGCAGUCACUUCCAAAAGAUGUCUUCAAGGGGCUGGACUCGCUAACAAACGUAGACCUAAGGGGCAAUUCCUUUCAUUGUGACUGCAAAUUAAAAUGGCUGGUAGAAUGGCUUGAUAAAACCAAUGCAACAGUGGAGCAGAUUUAUUGUGAAAGCCCUCCCGAAUAUAAAGGACGCAAAAUCAACAGCCUGUCCGCUAAAGAUUUUGAUUGCAUAACUACAGAAUUUGCCUUGUACAAAUCCUUGCCCUACCAGUCCCUGUCUGUGGACACCUUUACCUAUAUGAAUGAUGAGUACGUGGUCAUUGCUCAACCGUUUACUGGCAAAUGUGUCUUCUUGGAGUGGGAUCAUGUGGAAAUGUCCUUCAGGAAUUAUGACAACAUCACAGGCACAUCUACUGUGGUCUGCAAACCCAUAGUCAUUGAGAAGCAGCUCUAUGUGAUAGUGGCCCAACUGUUUGGUGGCUCUCAUAUUUACAAGAGAGAUAUUUUUGCAAACAAGUUUAUCAAGAUCCAAGACAUUGAAGUUAUUAAGAUCAGGAAGCCCAAUGACAUUGAGACUUUUAGGAUAGAUGACAACUGGUAUUUUGUGGUUGCUGAUAGCUCGAAAGCUGGUUGUACAACCAUCUACAAGUGGAAUGGAAAUGGCUUUUAUUCUCACCAGUCUGUACAUAUGUGGUAUCGAGAUACAGAUGUGGAGUACCUUGAGAUUGCCAACAAGCCACAUCUCAUUCUUUCUAGCAGCUCGCAACGCCCAAUUAUUUACCAGUGGAACAAGAAGUACAACAACUUCUCAAAGCAUGCUGAGAUACCAGACACAGAAGAUGUGUAUGCCGUCAAACACUUUUCUGCCAAGGAUGAUGUCUACCUCUGCCUAACGAGAUUCAUUGGAGAUUCCAGGGUCAUCAAAUGGGAAGGAGGUUCAGUCAUUUCAGAUAUUCAAAGGAUGCCUUCUCGCGGCUCUAUGGUUUUCCAGCCUUUACAGAUUAACAACCACAAAUAUGCUAUCCUGGGCAGUGAUUAUUCCUUCACCCAGGUGUUUCAUUGGGAUGUGGAGAAAGGAAAAUUUGUGAAAUUUCAAGAGUUAAACAUCCAAGCCCCCAGGUCGUUCACACAUGUGUCCAUAGACAAACACGACUUCCUGUUUGCUUCGAGUUUUAAGGGGGCUACACAAAUAUAUGAACAUGUUAUAAUUGACCUGAGCGCAUGA